UCUCAUUUGAAACUUUUUUUCAGAAAAAUGAAUUACUUCAUAUUUUUGGUUCAAUGCUGGCUCGGAAAUUAGCUGAAUUUGGUGACCAUAUUAAAUUAUUUGGAAAUAAUAUUAUUCAAAGAACUAUUGAACUAUAUUACGACAUUUUGAACAAUAUUCAUCCUUCACCAUCACACAUUCAUUACAUGUUCAGUAUAAGAGAUAUUGCAAGAGUAGUUGAAGGAUUACUUUGUGCCAACAAAGAUUACAUUGAUACUUUAGAAAGUUUCAAUCGUUUGUGGAUUCAUGAGUGCAUAGCUGUUUUUUCAGAUAAACUUGCCUCAGAUCAAGAUAUACAGCAGUUUUUCUUAUUUCUCCAUGAUAAACUUAAAUUACUUUCUAAUCAAACAUUAAAUAAUCUUUUUCCAGAAAAAAGAUAUCCACUUUUUUGUGAUUUUACACAUGAAAGCAAGAUUUAUAUGGAAGUAGAUCAGAACAGUCUUACAGAAUUUCUUCAAAAUGUUUUACAACAAUACAACAAUUUAGAAUAUACUUCUCCAAUAAAUUUAAUUUUGUUUGAAGAUACAAUUAAGUAUAUUUGCAGAAUUUGUCGCAUUCUUCAUUGUGCAAGAGGAAAUAUGCUUUUGUUGGGUUCAAGUGGAGUUGGUAAACAGACAUUAUCAAAACUCUCAACAUAUAUUUGUGGUUAUUCUCUUUUCCAAAUAAAACUUAAUGAUUCAUAUAAUGAAAAUGAAUUUCGAGAAGGAUGAAGAAAUUUAUAGUUAAUGGUCUGACCUUUUGUCCCAGUCAGGUCAGUUGGAGCUCUUUUGUUAAUAUGUUAACGUAACACGGGAAAAGAAUCAAAUGUAUUUAUCCUACCCCUUCCCAUAGUUUCCCAUCCAAUGCUGCUCACUUUUCAGAACAACUGGGACAACAUGGUGUAGAUCAUGACAGUAUAGAUGCUUCCACCAUUUGAGUUCCAGAUAUGGAAUUAUACCAAAAAUUCUAUAGCUUUGAAAAAGAUUUUUUUACUGUCUUUUCUGAGUGAUAACACCUUAAUAUUCAUUUGAUUUCUUGAAUGAGAUAUGGCAAAUUUUAAAUAAAAAACAGAAAUGCUAAAUGAUAGUGCCCAUCUGGUCAACAAUCUGACUUUGGAUAUUACAAUAAUAAAUUAAUAACAUAAAUAAUGUAAGAAUAUUACAGUUAAUAUUAAUAAUAACAACAUAACAAUAAAAAAUAAUUAUAAAUAAUAAAUAUUGUAGUAUAUUAUGAAAUAUUGCCAUCUCUUCAGAAAGGAAGAUGACAAAUGAAACCACAAACAAACAGGCUUUUGUUAUUAUAUUAAUAAUCUAACUUAAAAGUUUUAGAAUGGUUUCAAGAAAUGAAUCUGUAGUUAUUUUAUUUUAUUUUUUAUUUUGACUAGCUUGAUUUGAUUUAUUAAUACAAACAAAUUUUUAUACUAAGGACUGUAGUUGGUUUUGAUUAUGUAUAUCUAUUGCAGACAACUCUGUUCACAAUAGUGUUGGUCAGUAUGGAUCAUAAACAAUGUUUCAUAUUAUUUAUAAAAUUUGGUGAGGAUCUGAGUUAGAUGAAUUGCAAUUUUUUAUAGCUCAGAGAAUAGGUUGAUACUCUUCAGUCAGCUGGCUGAUUUUUGAAUAUAAAGAUGUAUUGCAAUACAGAUCUUUAU